CGGCUGUGACGUCGCCGUCUCCUCACGCCUCUCCAUUACUGCGUGAGCGCAUGAGGGAGAGUUGUGGAGCGGCUCUGUUGCAGGUCUAGAGCGUGUGGGGACGUUAUAUAUCCGAUUAAAAUGGCUAAAGAUGGAGGGAAACUGAAGAAGAAAACUAAGAGCGCGUGUGAAUCACAGAACAGUGAAGCAGUAGUUGCAACGGAAGCCUAUGUGGCAGGAGAAGUUGCCGACAGCUUGUUUCCACAGAAAGCCAGCAAGAAUACUACACUCUUGUCCUCUCUGUUUCACACCAAAUGCCCCGCAGUCCAGCCACUUUAUGUUCCUGUUAAAAUACCCAAAAGGAAACUUCCUGAAGCAGAUGUUGCUGGCACAGAUGUAAAACAAGCACGUACAGCGAUUGCUGUAAAAGCCAAAGUCACCAAAGAAAAGGAUCUUUCAGUUGCAGAAAAAAAACUAGCAGACAGGGAGCAGUCCUUGGCAAAUGCAGAUGAAGAAGAGACGAGAAAAAACGUUCUCUCUAAGGAAAAGCUAAAAAUUAAAAAGAAUCAAAGUCUGGAUGAGGACGGCAUUGUUGUACAGCCACGGAAAAGAAAAGUGAACAGGGCAGAGGAGAGGAUAAAGAAUAAAAGAACAGUGUUUGUUGGUAAUCUGCCGGCCGACUGCACUAAACAGACGCUAACGUCUCUAUUUAAAGAAUUUGGACCAAUUGAAUCGCUGCGCUUCCGUUCUGUGGCUCGUGCGGAGGCAAACUUGUCAAGAAAAGUGGCAACUAUUCAGCGCAAAGUACACCCGAAAAGGAAUAAUAUCAACGCAUAUGUUGUUUUUAAGGAUGAGAGUAGUGCUAGUAAAGCACUCAUGAGAAAUGGAGCGGAGGUGGGCAGUGGAUUUCACAUCAGAGUUGACAUGGCUUCCAAAAGUUCUUCGCACGACAACAAGAGAUCAGCAUUCGUUGGAAACCUCCCUUACGACAUAGAGGAAGAAUCCAUCCGAAAACAUUUCUCUCAAUGUGGUGAUGUACAAGGCGUCCGAAUCAUCAGAGAUCAAAAGACAGGGAUCGGCAAAGGAUUCGGCUACGUUUUAUUUGAGAGUGCAGACGCCGUCCAACUAGCGCUGAAGCUGAACAACUCUCAGCUCUCGGGAAGAAGGAUCCGGGUUAAGCGCAGCGUUACGGCAGAGGCCGCCCAAAAAAGUACAAACAAAACAAGUUUUAAGCAGAAGUUGGACACAUUAAAUCAAACAAAACCGAUUAAGGCCAACAGUUUUGUCGGCGAAACAGCGGAUAUUGGGAAGGUGAAAAAUAAAGUACACAAGAAUAAGAAUAAAAAGAAAAAAUCAGUUGGGAUUAAGAAAAAGAAUAAAAAUUGAAAUUAAAAUCA